AUGUGCACGGCAAGCAACCCGGGACAUGGCCAUCUUCCAAGCCACCCUUCACACAGUCUUGUUCAGUCCACAGUGACUUUUGCUGGAGACCACCAACGUCUGAAAAGUCUUGCCACAGAAUCUCACAUUGAAGAACCGUUGUCCGCAUUCUCGAGUAGACCCAGUUCUCCUUGUGGUGAUCCUUCCACACAGCACACUCCAGGAUCCGGAUCAAAAGAAAAACAAAUAAUUUCAACCUCUAACUUUCCAAUACCGGCACCUCCUCAAAUUUUCAACAACAACAACAACAACAAUGUUAAUAAUAUUUAUCAAAUGCCUAUGACCUCAACAACACAAAGUAACAACGACAGUUCAACGACAUUAUCGCAACAACGAACAUUUUUGCCGGGCUUCACGGAUUAUUCUAGAAUUCCAUUAAGUCAGAGAAGAGUUCCACCACCGAAGCUAAGUCUUACUUUGGAUUUGUCCGUCACUAAUCCCGGAACAUCUACCUCCAUUCCAACUUCGAAACAUAAAAAGGUCCUGAUAGUGGGAACAUCAAAAGACCAACAAAUGACAAGCACUUCAAAUAACGCACAACACGGCAUAGCUGCCAGCAGUGGCGUGAUCUUUUCGUCGCAGCCUCCAAGAUUAUCCCCAAAAGAAGACCCAUCAAAGCACCAUAAUAUUUCAUCUUUAUUUCGCAAUCAACACAAUCUGGUUGGUAGUGUUACCAGUGCGCAGUCAUCAACAGCCACAUCAACAACCUCAACGACAUCUUCACAAGCCGCCCCAUCGUCCACAACAACUUCAUUAACAAGACAUCACAUCUCUGGUACGAUUGUUUCACGUGCCAGAAGACCAUCUUCAUUGCAGUACUGCAUUAAAACUGGCUCGAGUAGAGCUAAUCGAUCUUCUCUCGUUUCAGGAAUUUCACUCAGUCAGAGUAGAAGAUCGUCCAUGCCUGUGGAGCAGAUGAAUCACAGAUUAUCAAUCUCAGGAAUGAACAGUUUGUUAAAAAGGGACGCUGAUGUCGUAGCUCCGAAAGCCACCCCCGAGGACAGUUUAAUUGAUAGUUUCAGUGAUAGCAGCAGUGGUAGCAGUAGCGACAUGAACCUCGCCACAAUAAAAAAUGUUUCACGUUUUGAAUUCUCGGGAACCUCCGCUUCAAAAUAUUUAAUGGAUCGCGAUGUAAAACGAGAACGAUUUUUAGGAACUCUGGCGGAAGUCGUGGAGAGUGCUUAUGAUUCUCCGCAGAUGUUGGGAGACGAAAUAGAUGAUGAAAACGACGAUAAAAAUGCGUAUGACAUCAACAAAAAUCUUACUCCAUCUAUGUCACGUGACUCCAAUCUAAAAAUAACCACGGAAAACCAACACAAAAAAACUUUUGAUUAUAAACCUUCUUCUAUUAUGCAAUUUUUUAAACAAAACGUAGAACUAACCAGAGUCGAAGCUGAGAAACUUUCAAAUUUUGCUGAAAUCAUGCAAGCCAAAGAAAAUUUAAAAUUCAACACAUUGGACCGAUUACGAUUGAGCAAUUCGAACAACGACAGCCACACAAACGUCAACAGUACUCACCUUUACACGUCGUCGUCACCUAACUUACCGACGCAACGCUCAACAUUGAACUCCGCACAAAUGCCAACAAAAUUUUCGGAGGCCUAUCUAUCAAGCCUGCAGCAAAAUGUUGAUGAAAGUGCUAACGAACAUUUUCAAAACACGCAACAACCUCCGAUCCUAACAUUAAACGCCUUGCCAAUAAAUGACGACCAAGCCGCUUCGAAACAAUUGAACGACGAAACAUUAUCGGAAGCAGAAUCCUCAGAUCUCACAUACAACACGCCGCGCAAGAGAACGCACCUCAAACUCGACUUGUCCAGCGGGUCUGGUCUCAGUCCUGGAAGUCCUUCCUACGACGAAAGACACGCCAGAUUUUCUCACAUCGGCAUUCACGCUUUAGACGUUUUCUUCAGUCCCGAAGAUGACGAUGCAUCGCCAUCUAAUUUUCGCAAAGGCAAUCAAUCCAAAGUUUUGCUAUGGCGACCACUUGCGACAUCAUCAAAAAAUGUUCGAACGCCUUCUUUUCGAAGCGACGAUGAAGUUAGCUUACCUAGUUCCCGCAAAAACUUCAAACGCCACAACUACACAACGCCACCUUACAUUGACGCUAAAACUCCGACGCUGGUUGAACAAGUAUCGACUGCCUCACCGCUUCGACCAUCUUCGCUUCUGCCUCUGCAAAGUUUCCACCAUCCCCGUCCACAGCAACUUGAUCUACCUCAGUCAAGAGCGCCAAUUGUUACGUCACUGGAUAUUUUCUGCGAUGGGUCAACGGAUGAUGACGAAGAUGAUGAACUCGAGUUUGAGGAAGAGUUGCCAAACUAUUGCAAAGACGCCAAUGGAAAUUAUCAAAAACAUUGCUCUGACGCUGAUAAUUAUCCUGCAGUUCAAAACCUUGCGGUUUUACCUGAGUUUGACAACAACAAUAAUAACAGCAAAAAUUCGGUUAAUUACAACAAUCAUAAUUUCCACAGCAACAAUUUGGUAACGACCUCGUUAAUUAACAAUCAGUUGCUUGAUUCAACGCAUUUAAAUUCUUCAACAACCAUUCAUCGAAUGUGCAACUCAGAAGUCAUCGGAGAAGAUAAACUCAAAUGUCUCCAACACUUGCAAACAGAAAUCAACAACAAUUACUACGAUAGCAACAACAACAACAACAUUAACAGCGCUAAUAACGACAACGAUAUCAGCACAGAAGACAACAGCAACAUAAUUAUACCAUCACCACCAAACAUUUUGCAACACCCGGUCACGUGUUCCUCUCUAACCACCGGUCAGCCGUACAACAAAUUUGAUCAAAUUGAAACCCAACGACAGCAACCUUAUUGCAAGGAAAAAAUUUCCAACGUGACGUCGUGGUUGAAGUUGCCUCACACGCAGCAUAAGGAUGGCCACUCGCCAAGUUGUGGUACUGUGUGGCCAGCUGAUCUAUCUAUUUGCUCCAGAAACCUUGAUUUGAUGCAGUCAGUUACUCUCAACCUAGUAACCUUUUUGAAAACGUACCACUUUUACAGCACACUACUUUGA